AUGGAAUCUUCUCCACCAUAUUUGGAAACUUUUAGAGUCACCUUCUUCGCCUCUGCAUUUGGCUUCCAUGAAUUUACACUCCCGUCAUCAUUUCUUCCACUUUAUUGUGCCCUAAAACCCACGGUCGAUGCCUGCAAGUUCUUUCACGGUCGCCAUUGCCGUCCCCAUGUUCAAGGACCUCUCUACAAAAUUGCCGAAUGGGCGAAAGAUCAAAGAGAUACAACCGUUGGUUUUUCUGCUACGAGCAAAAAAGCGGGAAAACGAAGAGGAGAGACGGGGAUAGGGGCGAUUUCAGUCAGAACUAUGGCGCAGGAGACUCUGGGGGACUUUGGAACCCUAGCCACUAUUGCCUAUGUUUUCUUGGGCUACACUUCUAUGGUGGCCUAUGUUUCCAAGUCGGGUGAGAUCCUUCUCCAAUCGUUCAAUCUUCCAUCUCCACUUACAGGCUUCCUUUUCUCUUUGGUUUUUUCUCUGCUAGACAUAGAUCAAGUCAACCAAUGGCUUACUGCUUAUGUGAAAGAUCGAGCCUGAGCGGAACUUGCUGCGAGCUGCUUGGUUUGGAAACAAUCUUGAGAUACACAUUAUGACAUGUAUGCAGUAUCCGUCUCAUAAAUUGCGAACCCAAGGACCGAAAUUUGCAGGGAGUUGUCAUGGGGAAGGCCAUAGAAUGCCUCAGGCCAAGGAUCAGAAAAAAAGGAGAAAGAAGAGCUGAGAAAAGACAAGAUAGUGGAGAUGGGUGCCAUUUUUUUUCCAAAGUGCUGCAAGUUAAUGCAGUUGUUUCACUUAUUCUUUAUACUUCUCUGGAGUGGGCGAGUUUAUAUAGAGCUGAAGGAGAUUGAAGCUCACUGAAAUAUCUAGUUAUAAACCUUAAUGAUGAGUUACUUUCACUAAACCUCUGGGUCCUAUGCCCUGACCCAGAAAGCAGGAGGAAUAAUAUUUUGUGUUUGGAAGGAGUUUGAUAUAAUGCUAGAAUUCCAAACUCAAGUGAAGCAUAGUAGUGGUUGCUUGUACUUGAAUAUUUUGGGAUUAUUGGGGAGAAAAGAAAAAGAAGAAUCACAACAAACAAGAAAGGAAAAAAGAAGACUGGGAAUGGGACCAGUCAUGUCAUAGAUAUUUGGACUCCUGUAGUUCGUUGUUAAGUGAAAGGCUAAAUAAAGAAUCAAAUGUCGGAAGCUGGCUGUGGAAUGAUGAGCCAGUUGAAGGGAAUCUGAGGACACCAACUCCUAGGCAUCAUUGAGAGAGCGGCCUGCACUUCUUGGGGGGAGCAAAUUCUAUCCUAGCAAGGUAAAGGCAUUUCUUGAAAAUCUGAAUUGGUUUUAUUUUUUCUCAAGUUUUUGUGGACAGUUUCCAAAGCACAUUGUCUUCUGUUAGACCAGGGUGGGACCUUGUUCUCUUUUGUGUUUGUUAUUGGAUAGUAGUUAAAGAGUAUGAUGGAACUUGACCAAAAUUAAUUGAACCGAAAGUUACAUAAAUGUUCUAAAUAUGCAGUCUAUAGUUGUUAGACAACGCUGUUCUGUUACUUUGGUGAUUUAGAACUGCUUGGGCCCUACCAAAACUGAGAGAGGGAGGAUAAUGAGAGAUGGCCCAAGUAAAUCAGUGUGUAAAAGGGGUCGUUAUGUGUAUCACAUUCCUUACAUAAUGUGUGAAAGUUACAUUCACCAAUUUUGUGAGCAAUUAAUUACCCCCAAGACAUCAAAUUCGUUGAAUGGCUCUCAUCAUAAAUUAGAAUACUCUUCUUGUUAACUAUUUCCCUUACUUUGUCCUUUUCUUUUCUCGUUGCGGGACAAAAUUAGAUCAAGCAACAUAUAUGCUUAAAUAAAUUGAAAAACAAGAACAUCUUGAUUGCAUGCUUUUGAUCAACACCUGGAAGCAAAUUUCAUACCAGGAAAAACGGACUAUAUCAUAGAAAUAGAACUCUAAAUGUUUGAGCUGAUUAUAUUUACGUUACAAUCCUUGCAUCUCUAAUGUUGGAAGUUUUGGUAACAUGGUCCAAUUCUGGGGGAGCAAAUGAUUUUGUUUUUAACUAGGUUUUGAACUUCAGUACCGCAAUCACCAUUGCAGUUGAAAGUUUUUAGUCACAAAUUCUUAACAGAAGAAAACUAUGAAAAUACUAUUAAAUAUCUGCAACAGUCUUCAUCUUCAACAGAAAAGGUUAAAGAUGUCAUGCAGAUUGCAGACUGAACUUGAGAGCAGAUCUUGCUGCAAACUUUGAAGAAGACGAACAGUUUGAUUUGCAGACAAUCUUGUCAAUGCAAAUUAUAACACGACUGCAGGCUCGGUAUGGAAAGUAGCAUACCCGAGGAGCAACAACUGCGCCGAGUUAUCAAGAGGGUGACCAUAGAAUGCUUCAGGCCAA